AUGCCUGUAAAGGGUACAACAAAGCAAUCUGUUGAGCCAAAUAAUCAAAAAAACAGAUUGUCAAAUGAUGGAGAAAGGAAAAACAUGCAUUUUGAAGACACAACAUUAGUUGCUGAAGCAGCUGCUGAGUGUGCAAAAAAAGCAAUUGCUGCUGCCUAUCUGACGGGUAAAGGCUCUUAUCAGGUCACUCAAGCAUCUGGUAAUUGUAAUUGCGUGACUAGUUAUGAAUUUGAGAAUAGUUGUGGCAAUUCUACCGGCAAGUUUAUGUUGGGAAAAUAG